AUGGAUAAGUCUUGGAUGCAUGCUGAUAGAAGAUCACACACAUAUGAACUAGGUGUUGAGGAAUUUCUAAAGUUUGCUUUUGAGAAUCCUAGCGAUGUAGAUAAUAUUUGCUGUCCCUGCGCUAAAUGUGGGGGCACAGAUGAGACAUUUUCAAUUAGGAUGAUAAAAGAUCAUCUAUAUUGGAAUGGUAUAGAUGAGAGUUACAAAGAUUGGGUAUGGCAUGGGGAACCUUCUAGGGCAACGAUGAAUGCCAAUGAAGAGCCAUCUGAAGCUACUGUAGAUAUGGUAGAAGAAGAAGAUGGGGUAGACAAUAUAGGGUUGGGAGAUCAGGGAGAAAAAAAGGCUGGUGAGGAUGAGGUUUAUUUCGAUAAUGGUGAGGAUGAGCAGUUUUCAGUAGACUCAAAUGACUUUAUGAAGUUAGUCGACAAUGGAGAUAAAGCUUUAUACCCUGGUUGUAAGAAGCACACCAAAUUGAAUGCGCUUAUACAGACUUAUAACCUGAAAGCAAAGCAUGGAAUGUCUGAUGUGUGCUAUUCUGACAUGUUGAUCAUGAUUGGAAUGUUUCUUCCUGAAGGUAAUGAGAUACCAGGGUCAGAGUAUGAGGCUAAAAAGACUUUAGUUUCAUUAGGAAUGGAAUAUAAAAAAAUACAUGCAUGUCCUAAUGACUGCAUUUUGUAUAGAGGAGAGCAUGUUGAUGCGACUAGUGGUCCUACUUGUGGGGAGUCAAGGUGGAAAUUAGGCAACGGUAAUAUUGAGAAGCAAGGGGUACCCGCGAAAGUAUUGUGGUACUUUCCCCCAAUUCCACGGUUUAAGCGCAUGUUUCAAUCGACAAAAACUUCCAAAAACCUAACUUGGCAUGCGUCUGAAAGACGAAAAGAUGAGUUUAUGCGUCAUCCAGCAGAUGCCCCCACUUGGAAGUUAGUGGACCAAAAAUGGCCAGAAUUUGGUAAUGAUCCUAGGAACCUUAGACUUGCACUCUCAUCUGAUGGCUUCAAUCCCCACAGCUCUUUAAGUAGCAGAUAUUCUUGCUGGCCAGUUAUACUUCCCUUAAUUGACGAUUUAAAAGAGCUGUGGGAUGGGAUAGAUGGAGUGUAUGAUGCAUUUAAGGGAGAAUACUUUAAACUGAAAGCUGUUCUGUUUUGGACAAUAAAUGAUUUUUCCGCUUAUGGGAACUUAUCAGGUAGUGUUACGAAGGGUUAUAAUGGUUGUCCUAUAUGUUGUGAGACAGUGAUGUUCCCCUGGUCAGCUGCUGACCAGGGGAACGGGACCGUGUUGUGA